GGUUCCGCGUUCAUUCACAGAGCAGUAGUCAUCUGUGUGGGAGAGGGGCGUGCUGACUGUUUCCAAAGAAUUCAUGCUAUAUAAUGGUCGCUGUGUGACACCGCUGACUCGUGCGGCAUCUGCAGACUGAAGUGGAUCAUCGACAUGUCGGAGGAAGCAGGCUCUGCGGAUGGGAAUGGCAAGGUUGGUCGGGUCAUCCGGAUUGGAACCCGCAAGAGCCAGCUGGCUUGCAUCCAGACUGACAGCGUGGCGGACAUGUUGAAACAACUGUACCCGGACAUCCACUUGGAAAUAAUUGGCAUGUCAACAACAGGAGACAAAAUCCUCGACACAGCUUUAUCUAAGAUUGGAGAGAAGAGUUUGUUCACCAAAGAGUUGGAGACUGCUCUGGAGAGGAAUGAGGUCGACCUGGUUGUUCACUCGCUGAAGGACCUUCCCACCACUCUGCCUCCAGGAUUCACCAUCGGAGCUGUGCUGAAGAGAGAAAACCCCCAUGAUGCAGUGGUCCUACACCCAAAAAAUGUAGGGAAAACUCUCGAUAAUCUUCCAGAAAACAGUGUGAUUGGCACCAGUUCACUGCGCCGUGCUGCUCAGCUGAAGAAGAGAUUCCCCCACCUGGAAUUCAAAGAUAUCCGUGGGAACCUGAACACACGUCUGAAGAAGCUGGAUGAGAAGGAGGACUUUGCCGCCAUAAUCCUGGCUGCAGCUGGCCUCAGGAGAAUGGGCUGGGACAACCGGAUCAACCAGAUCCUGGGGCCUGAAGACUGCAUGUACGCUGUUGGACAGGGGGCUCUGGCUGUGGAGGUUCGAGCCAGAGAUGCAGACAUCCUGGAGAUGGUGUCUGUCCUCCAUCACUCCGACACUGUGCUGCGCUGCAUAGCUGAGAGAGCCUUCCUCAGACGCCUGGAGGGUGGCUGCAGUGUUCCAGUGGCUGUACACACUGAAGUGAAGGACUCCCAGCUCUACCUGACGGGGGCAGUGUACAGCCUGGAUGGAUCAGACAGUCUGAAGGAAACCAUGCAGACUAGCAUUGUUGCUAAUAACAAGAGCCCAGAGGAGGUUGACGAGCAGGUCCAGCGAGUGGGCGUCACGGCCAGCAAGAUCUCCGGUGAAGCCCAGGACAGGGCCGAGCGUCUGGGACUCGACCUGGCCAACUUACUGCUGAGCAAAGGAGCCAAGGAGAUCCUGACAGUGGCCAGGCAGCUCAACGACGCCAGAUAAUCCGCCCCACGGCGGAGGGGGGGCAGGGCUCCGGAGGUCCUCGAGUGCAGUCACAGCCUUGUGUCAAGUAAAAACUUGAAUUCCUUUUUCAUGUUUCAUGUUGCUCGAGUAAAAGAGUGGCGACUCUCUGUUGCACCAGGCGAGCCAACUGCAGAUCAAUUGUUGAGGAUUUCAAACACUACUUGGACCAAAGUUGUGCUCAGUGUGAUACAACGCUGCUAAACCGACAAUCUGCUUGUUCAGGGUCACUGCGGUCUGUAGCACUCCUGGUCUUGGUUCCAGCCUGUUCUUACAUCCAGUACCUCAUGGAACCAUCUCCUGAGCCAUGUAGAAACUAGUAAAGCCUUACUAGGUUUAUCAGCGAGAAACACAAAAUGGCCUUCAAACAUUGUCACACCACUUACAGUAUCAUCACUGGCCGAUAUCCUCAUGGUUAAACCUUGUUUUUUUUGUUUUUUUAAGCAUAUCAGUGUCAGUAUAUUCAAUUGAAUGCCACUAAAAUUCAACUUUCUUAAAUAUUUUCACCUUCAAUCAACAUCCAUUAUUUAUCUCAGAGUUCCUCUCUUAGCUCUGCAUUCUCAUUUGGAAAAGCGGGCUUUUAAUGGUACCAAAGAUGAGUUUCCAAGCACGUGGGCACAUUUUUCUGGUUUGGAGCGGGCAGCGAUGCAGUGAAAUGGGGUUAAUUAAGGUGUAAAAGUUGAGAAAUGUAAAUAUAAAUGUAAAUUCAGUCCUUCACUCAUAAGCUCUGAGCUCUACAGCCAAGAGUCAACAGUGACUUUCUGUCUCAAACUCCUUCAGCACUUGUACUUGUAUAAGACCUUAUUCAUGGGAUGAUUUAGUGUUAGAGUGUAGUGUUUUAUCACAUUGACCUCCUGAAGAAAAAAAAAGUACCUUUUCUUUAUGACCUUCUUUGAUGCAACAUUUUCAUCUGAGGAGGCUCACUGCCUUUAAGAGUGUGCUAGCUACCUCUUUUACAGAGACAAAUAUAUUUAAUACACAUGAUGAUAAGCUGGAGGUAGCGUUCUGUUAUACCCCACCCGUGGCAGAGCUGUUGAUGCUAAAUGUAUACAGCUUUGUACUAAACUUAUAUGAAGUAUCCUUCCACUACAUGACUGGAAAUUACUUAUUUAACACUGGAGCAAACCCUGCAUCUGAUUUCAGUUUUUAAAUGUGCACUGGGCCGUUGUAUAGCAAUAAAAACACUGUUUAUGCUUUGCUGAUAUUGUAUCUUGUAUGCUAAAGAUAAAGCACCACAGCACCACGUUAGGUAUCAACUGUGAGCUUAUGAGUUUUAAAUACGGUGUAAAUGUUACAGUUGUGGAUGUACUGUUGUAUAAUCAACUAUUUAAAAGGUAAGCAACAAAUAGACCUUAUUUAACAGAAAAUAUCACAGGUUAUUUCUUUAAACUAUAACAGUGUUUUAAAGCUGCAUUGCCCCACUCACUCAUUUCACUGACUCAAAACUUGAUUAAUGGCCAUCGUGGACUCAUUCACACAGAUUGCACUUACAUGUUGUGGUGUAGUUCUACUGAAGAACCAUUACAUUCAAGAAACAUACAAAAAUGAACCGUAUCUCAUAAUUAAAACAUAGUUUUCUUGUAAUUACUAGAUUUGAAGACUUGAAAAUGUAAAAAAAAAAAAAAAAAUGUUAUGGUAGAGUUUUCUUUUAAUUAUGGAGAAGGUUUUUCUUUUUUUUGUAAUUUUGACAUAUGGAUGUCCUAAUUAUGAGGUGCUAAGUCAUAAUUAAGAGAUACAUAAGUCAAAGUUAUAUACUUUGGUGAGUGCAAUGCACACCUGGAUAGUUCAUCCACAGCUAUUCAAAAUUUUAAUAUGUUAGUUUUUUUUUCUAUAUAUACAAAGAAUAAGUAAAGAAAAUAAAUGUGUAUUUGCUGUAAUGUUGUCAUGCAAAAUGCUGUACUCCACAUAUCAAAAUGGAUGUGUUCCUAAAAGUGAUAUAUUUUCAAACUUAGUGACCUUAAUAACUAAUGAAAUAAACAUGUCUUGAAUGCCAGUGUUUGUUUUUUUAUAGCUUCUAUCAAAGUGCCAUCUUAGUGUAUGUACCAUUUCUGCCUAAGUAAACUGCAUAUCAGCCUUUCAUAGACCAAUGCCUGUUUUUUUCUUUGAUAAAUCACAAUAGAUUUGCAUUCUGCAUCAGUAAACCCACUGUACAGAUAGUGUGAUACCAUAUUGAAUUUCCUUUAUUGUUUAUUACAUUUAAUUUAAAGCUCCUGAGACUGUGAGGUAACGUUAGCCAUAUUUGUUUUUCAGCUUUAAUUUCUGGUUGAUUGUCUCUGUACUUAGAUCAUUUAUCUCAGUAUCUACUCAUUGUUCCAUCAAUCUGUUAACAAUAAAAUAUUGACAUGUGACAA